UUAAUAAUCUUAAUACCCAUCUCUUCUUGUUACAGCAAUUUGACUUUAUUUCCCUUCUGUUUCUUCACCUUAGUUACUGUAGUGUCUUAACACUUCAUUAUAAGUAUUUUCUAAAAGUCAUGGUUAUUGUGUAAUGUAUGAAUGUUAUGAAACUAGCUUGGACUUUUUUUUCAUGAAUAAUUUCUAGCUAAUGUUUCUUAGUGGAAUUUAGGCAUCUGUUUUUGGUGAAGUGAUUAGAAUUUUGAAAACUGCCUUAUGGGUCAACUUCAAGUGUGUCUAUGAUUUCACUUUAGGGAAUGUGGAAUUUAGAGAGGAGCAAUAAAAAUUAUGAAAUUAUGAAUCCUGCUUUGGAUGUUAAAUCCACUACACCAAACAUAAGCUGUGUGAUCUGCCUAGAGAUCAGAGCUAUAAUUUGUUUUGCUUUGUUUUACAAUGUGGUUUAAUAAGAGGUCUCAUUUAUCUCAACUAUUUCUUCAUAGUGCUUGAGAGAAAUGGUUGCUGCCGUGUAAGUCUGAAGCUUUAAUAGUGUGUGUUCCUUUUUCCCCCCUUCCAGAGGCAAUUACUUCCAGUCAGAAAGAGAAACCAGUGCCUGGCAAUCUCACCAGCUUUCUACCUGCCAUGAUCAAGUGCUUGUCAGUUGAAGCACAAGCCAGAUUGCGUUCUGGUUUGGCUAUAUGUUCCUUAGGCCAGUGUGUUGAAGAGCUUGCCCUCAACAGUAUUGAUGCUGAAGCAAAAUGUGUGGCUGUCAGAGUGAAUGUGGAAACCUUCCAAGUUCAAGUGAUAGACAAUGGAUUUGGGAUGGGAAGGGAUGAUGUAGACAAGGUGGGAAAUCGUUAUUUCACUAGUAAAUGCAACUCUGUACAGGACUUGGAGAACCCAAGGUUUUAUGGUUUCCGAGGGGAGGCCUUGGCCAGUAUAGCUGACAUGGCCAGUGCUGUGGAAAUUUCAUCCAAGAAAAGCAAGUCAGUGAAAACUUUUGUGAAACUCUUUCAGAAUGGAAAAGCCCUGAAGGCUUGUGAAGCGGACCUGACUAGACCAAGUGCCGGGACAACAGUAAUUGUACACAACCUGUUUAAUCAGUUACCUGUCAGGAGGAAAUGCAUGGAUCCUAGACUGGAGUUUGAAAAGGUUAGGCAGAGGAUAGAAGCUCUCUCACUCAUGCACCCUUCCAUUUCUUUCUCUUUGAGAAAUGAUGUUUCUGGUUCCAUGGUUCUUCAGCUACCUAAAACCAAAGACGUAUGUUCCCGCUUUUGUCAAAUUUAUGGACUGGGUAAGUCCCAAAAGUUAAGAGAAAUAAAUUAUAAAUAUAAGGAGUUUGAGCUUAAUGGCUAUAUCAGCUGUGAAGCACAUUAUAAUAAGAAUAUGCAGUUUUUAUUUGUGAACAAAAGGCUAGUUUUAAGGACAAAGUUGAAUAAACUCAUUGACUUUUUAUUAAGAAAAGAAAGUAUUAUAUGCAAGCCAAGGAAUGGCUCUGCCAGUAGGCAAAUGAAUUCAAAUCGGUCUAACCCAGAAUUCCUCUAUGGUAUAUAUGUGAUCAAUGUGCAGUGCCAGCUCUGUGAGUAUGAUGUGUGCAUGGAGCCAGCAAAAACUCUGAUUGAGUUUCAGAACUGGGAUACUCUUUUGGUUUGCAUUCAAGAAGGAAUAAAACAGUUUUUAAAGAAAGAAAACUUAUUUAUGGAAUUAUCAAAUGAGGACAUUAAGGAAUUCAGUGAAGAUAAUGAUUUUAGUUUACUCAGUGCCACUCUUCAGAAGCAAGUGUCCUCUGAUGAGAAGUGUGACCAGGUCAGUUUCCAAGAAGCAUGUAAUAAUAUUUUGGAUUCCUAUGAAAUAUUUAAUUUGCAAUCAAAAGCUGUGAAAAGAAAAGCUCCUAUAGAAGACAUAAACACAGAGAGUUCUAGGGAUUCAGACGCUGUCAGAAAAAAGACAGAUUGUUCAUUUUUGUACACUUAUGAAUCAGAUGGCCCAGGCCAUAGUAAAAUGACCGAGUUGUCUUUACAGAACAAAGACAGAACUUGUUCAGAAUCAAAGACCUUAGAACAAGAGACAGCUGAAGCAUCAGAAUCAGGAGAAAAUGAGAAACCUAAAAAAUCUUGCUUGGAACUUAACUCUUUGGAAAAUCCAUGUGGAACCAGUUCAGAAAUGUCUGCAGGCCCUUUUCAGACAUAUCACUUUGAGGAGAGUGGAGAAGAUCAAGAAAUACAGACAGUGAGUACUGCUGUUAAUGGCACAGCUGUCAACUUCCUGAAAAAUAAUAGAAUUCAGAAUCAACCAGAGAGAUUUAAAGAUGCUACUGAAAUGGAAUGCCAACCUCUGCCUUUUGAGACAUUAUUGAGAGUACCCAGUGCUCAGAGAGAGGAUAAGAAAAGAAAAAAAGAACCUAGUAAUUGUGGAAGAACAAAAGUUUUUAGUUAUGGACAAGUUAAAUUGUGUUCCACUGGCUUUAUAACUCAUGUGGUACAAAAUGAGCAAACAAAAUCAACCGAAACAGAACAUUUAUUUAAAAACUGUGUUCAGCCUGGUCCUGUGAGUGCCAAAGAAGCAUUUGGAAAUAGAACACGCCAUUCAGUUGAGACUCCAAACACCAAAGAUUUAACCAGCACUUUAAGUAAAGAAUUUGCUCAACUGCCCAACAAAAAACUGUGCAGAACAAAUACAAGUUAUAGGGUAGAGAACAAACCUAUAGCAACUUACAAAAAUUUUGCUAUUUUUCAGGAAGGUAGUAAAAAAUCACAUACAGGUUGCCUUUUACCUGACACAUCCUCUUUCUCUUGGUGUAACCCUGUUUCAAAUGGUAGUAAGAGAACAGAUGAAUUGAUGGGCUCCGCCAAACCCAUAGCUCAUAAGAAGCUAAGCUUAAGUUCACAACUAGGAUCUUUAGAGAAGUUUAAGAAGCAAUAUGGGAAGGUCAAGAAUCCUCUGAAUACUGAAGUGAAGGAAAAUAAUUUAGAAAUCACUACCAAUCUCAGUCCUCAGGUUGAACCUGACAUUCCAUGGAAAGACAAAAACCACAUAGACAACUCUGGUAUUUGUAAAAUCACUACUGUGAAACAUAAUGAUUCAAAUAGUUGUCACCCACCAAGUCACAUGUUUUUUUCAGAAAAGUUUCCGUUCUCCAAGGAAGAAGAUUGUUUGGAACAACAGAUGCCUUGCUUAAAAGAAAGUCCUGUAGCUCUAAAGGAGUUACCUCAUUUUAACAGAAAGCCUUUGAAUGUUGAGAACUCACCUGAAUCACUAGCCUCUAAAUUAUCCAGAAUGAAGGGUUCUGAAAGAGAGACUCAGACAACUGAGAUGAGGAGUCAUUUUAACGAACUUCCACAAUCAGAUUCCAGUAGGAAAGACAGUGACUUGUGCAGUGGGUUAACCCUAGAUUCUUGUAACUUAUUUAAAAAUGAGCAUAAAAAAACAGAAAAUGGCAUCAUCCCAAUGUCAGACUUUGGCACACAGGGUAAUCCGUUCAAUAACGACAGUGAAAUGCAUUCUAACAGCAAUACAACAGAGAACCCUGUGAUAUCAGAAACUCCUUUGGUAUUGCCCUAUGAUAAUUCCACAGUUAACAGUAAAGUUGCAGAUGUUCUGAUAGCUGCAGAACAACAGAUUGGAAAUCCUGACUCUCCAAAUAGAAUGUUAAUGAGUCAAGUAGAAGAUGCCACAGCUGCCCAAAAUGGAACUUGUUUUCAGAGUGAGGAAUCUAUAGCAAGAGCUUGUUCUGGAAAUGAAGAGUCCAGUACAUGUUCUUCAGGUUGGCAGCAGCAUUUUGAUGUAGCCCUGGGAAGGAUGGUCUACAUCAACAAACUCACUGGACUUAGCACAUUCAUUGCUCCUGCUGAGGACGUUCAGGCUGCUUGUACUAAAGAUCUGACAACUAUGGCUGUGGAUGUUCUACUCGAGAAUGGAUCUCAGUACAGGUGUCAUCCUUUUAGAAGCGACCUCGUUCUUCCUUUCCUUCCUAGAGCUCCGGAAGAGAGGAUUGUGAUGAGACAGAAUAACAGAGAUACUGGAGGUGAUGCUGUGGGUCGCGAAUCGCUUCAGUCUUUGUUCUCAGAAUGGCACAAUCCAGUAUUUGCCCGUUAUCCAGAGGUUGCUGUUGAUGUAAGCAGCGGCCAGGCUGAGAGCCUAGCAGUUAAAAUUCACAACAUCUUACAUCCUUACCGCUUCACCAAAGAAAUGAUUCAUUCGGUGCAGGUUCUCCAGCAAGUGGAUAACAAGUUUAUUGCCUGUUUAAUGAGCACUAAGACUGAAGAGAAUGGUGAUGAAGGUGGACACCUGCUAGUCUUGGUGGACCAGCAUGCUGCCCAUGAGCGCAUCCGAUUGGAGCAGCUUAUCAUUGAUUCCUAUGAGAAGCAACAGCCACAAGGCUCUGGUCGAAAAAAGUUACUGUCUUCCACUAUAAGUCCUCCACUAGAGGUAACAGUGACAGAGGAACAAAGGAGACUCUUAUGGUGUUACCGCAAAAACCUGGAAGAUCUGGGCCUUGAAAUCAUAUUUCCAGAUGCUAGUGAUUCUCUGGUCCUUGUAGGAAAAGUACCACUCUGUUUUGUAGAAAGAGAAGCCAAUGAACUUCGAAGAGGAAGAUCUACUGUGACCAAGAGCAUUGUGGAGGAAUUUAUUCGAGAACAAGUGGAGCUACUCCAGACCACAGGAGGCAUCCAAAGGACUUUGCCACUAACUGUCCAGAAGGUGUUGGCCUCCCAAGCCUGCCAUGGGGCCAUUAAGUUUAAUGAUGUCCUGAGCCUAGAGGAGAGCUGUCGCCUCAUUGAAGCUCUGUCCUGCUGCCAGCUGCCGUUCCAGUGUGCUCAUGGCAGGCCCUCCAUGCUGCCAUUAGCUGACGUUGACCACUUGGAGCAGGAAAUCCAGGUUAAACCCAAUCUUGCUAAACUUCGCAGAAUGGCCCAAGCAUGGCAGCUCUUUAGAAAAAAAGAAGGAUGUGAUACAAAGCAAAGCCUACAGACAUCCAUGCCUCCUUGUGAGCCCUCGUGAGAACAGAAUUAUUGUCUCUAAGGAACCAAAAGGAUGCUGCCUGUAGGCCUCUAAGUGGAGAGGUGAACAGCAGGCACCGGCAGUCUUGACUGAAUGGUUCCAGUGCACCUGCUUAGCAUAUCCGUCUUCCUUGAGCAGAUUGACUUCCUCCAGUCAGGUACCCAGAUGGAAUUCAAGCUUAAAGACAGUUCAUUCACUGGCACCCGUGCACACAAGAAGUUGCCCUAUAAUACCUAUUUUUGUAACUUAUUUAAGGAUAAAAUUUAAUGAUUAA